GGGCGACACGGAGUUGGUUCGCUAUGUCGGCGCGGAAUGUUUGGCUCCUAGACAACUUUUUCCGUUUAGCAUCUUCCGGAGGUCAUAAGCCCUGACACCUCUUUGACGACAAAAUAGUCCCAAGUUGACCUUCAAUUUGUCGGAACACCCGACCGACUUACACUGCCUACCCUGCACCGCAUUCCGUCUUCUCCCGCCGAGCCCCCGCGGUACCCGACACCCUCUAUCCAACCCCCGAACCUACAAGUAAGGAAAAACGUGAAUUUCGCGACAGCCCCAGAUAGCAGCAUACAUCAGUCAGGGGCUACGGGAGGACAUUCGGGUUUUCGUGGGACUAACCGUUCGCCCCUCCGGUCCUAUGGCCUUUUCAACCUGAACAUGAACUCUCUCAGCAUACUCUCGUCUCGAGUUGACAACGUUAUUGGCGCAACGACUCCGCCAGCUACUGAACGUGCAGAUCCCUUUAAACCCCUGCGGCGCGGGCAGCAGUCUAGCCCUUUGAGGUCUUUUGAAGAUCGGGGGUAUGAGUCGAGGAGGGGUUGCGCUCAAAGCGUUUACUAUGAUGACGAUAGUGACGGCGACGAGGAAGAAGUGGAGGAGGACGAGCCGGAGGACUACGAGGAAGACGAGCACGAUGAUUUAUUACUUGACAAGGGCCAACGAUCUGUAGGAUACGGGGUGUGGCUAUUGGGGCCAUGGCUAGGGGCGUUCCGGUGGGGUUUCUCAACAGUGGCUGCUUCCGGAGGCUGGCUAGUAUCCUUCCUGUAUGAUGACGGUGGUGCUUUCUCGCCGCUCCUGCCCAUUAAACGUUUCACCGCAUUAUUAUUAGGGCCAUUUGGUGUGUUUCAGGGUCAGGUUACCGGAUACGCUGGCUAUGAGAAAAGCGGCGCAGCAAUAAUGAGCGACCCGAAAUUAUUUCACCAGUACGGAAGCGAUCCGGGAAUUGACCUAACAUCACGGGCGCACCACCUUCACACUAGACCCUUUAAUCGUGAUAGUUCCUUCUUGACUGACGAGAUAGUCCCCCGGAGAUCAAUUCGUAUACGACUUUACAACCAAGAACCCGCACCAAAUACAAAACCAUGUGUGAAGUCACCUACAUCUCCAUCAUCAAGUCUGCGUCUCACCAAGUAUCCGCGCAACUCGGGGCCUCCCAAACCACUUCUACCUUCCCACCAUUCUCCAAAGACCCUAAUCCUGGAUCUUGACGAGACAUUAAUCCACUCUCUCGCUAAGGGGGGAAGGAUGACCUCCGGUCACAUGGUAGAGGUCAAGCUCGACCGUCAACAUGCCAUCCUAUAUUACGUUCACAAGCGCCCUUACUGCGAUGAGUUUCUUCGAAUGGUAUGUCUUCCAAGUAUUUUUCAGUAGGCGCGGGCUGGGUCUGACAACGUGGGCGUGUAAUGAUUCAGGUCUGUAAAUGGUACAACCUUGUGAUUUUCACAGCAUCUGUGCAAGAAUAUGCCGAUCCAGUGAUAGAUUGGUUAGAGCAGAAUCGAAAGUAUUUCAAAGGCCGUUUUUAUCGUCAGCACUGCACACAGCGUGGCGGUGCUUAUAUCAAGGAUAUCAGCGCUGUGGAGCCAGACCUGUCUAAAGUUAUGAUAAUUGACAAUUCACCCAUGAGUUAUAUUUUCCAUGAAGGUUGGUUUGCCCAGAUCAAGUAACUAUUGUGUAGCGGUGCAGGAGCCGCUAUUGGGGCCAUUGUUGGAUGCAUCCAGGAUCGUGUUAAUGCUCGAUAUAUAGAUAAUGCAAUCCCGAUUGAAGGCUGGAUUAAUGACCCUACCGAUAUCGAUCUUUUGCAUCUGAUACCACUACUUCAAGCAUUACAAUAUGUCACUGAUGUCAGGGCCCUCUUAGCACUACGAAUGGGCGAGAUGGGUUGA